AUGGUCUGCAACUCUGUUCUAACUAAUACUGCAGGACUUCGAAUAACCUCUAUUUACGGGAGUAAAUUUAUUGUCAAAACCAGCAAAGAAAAUAGUUUUGCUGGUUGCGCAAUCAUUAUUGCUUCUGGAGCAGUAGAAAAAAAGUUGGAAAUUAAAGAUGAAAAAAAAUUUAUUAAUUUAGGGUUUUUUGUUAACCAAGAAGUAGCAGUAGUAGGUGGUGGUUAUUCGGCUUUAGAAAUGGCUUUGUAUAUAAGCACUGUGGCAAAAAAAGUUUAUCUUAUUCACCACUAUUCAGAAUUUCAAGCCUAG